AUUAAACUGAACCUAGCCACCGUGAUUCAUCCCUCUCCCUCUCUUCCCUAUCGAGAACUCUGAACAUGUGGGUUUGGCUUGUGUGGAUGGAUGUAAUUCAGUCGCGAGCGUCAGAGACGGUUGAGCUCCACAGCCCACCUCACCUGAAACUCAGUCUCUCUUUCAGGAAAACAUAUUGACUGGAAAAGAAAACAGAAAGAAACUUGUACUUGUUUAUUUUUGUCAAUAUAUAGAUAUAGCUACAUAACAUUUCUGAAGAUCUCAAUUUAACUAAUGGUGAUGUAUCCUGACUCGCAUGACGUAUUAUUGGAGACGGUGAGGUGAAUGCGCUGCCUGGGCACUGUGCGUCUCGUGCGCUCCUUCACGGACCAUUUCGCCGUCGUUGUCCAUAUCCCGGGAAGUGUGCCAUGAAGUUUCCACGGACUACGGUCUUUCUCUAUAAUAUCGCAUGGCCAUGUGAUAAAUGGAUUCCCUCAGUUUAAUUAAUGGCUCCUCUGGGAGCAAAGACCUGGCCAUUGGAGAGGAUUCAUCUGACAUGACUCUGAAUCAUCCUCUGCUAGAGCUGGGAGACAGCACCAAGCUUCUCGGGGUCCAGGUGGUUCUGAUCUUGGCAUACUCUACCAUCAUCCUUUUGGGCGUUGUGGGGAACUCUCUGGUGAUUUAUGUGGUUUACAAAUUUAAGACACUUCGUACCGUCACCAACUUCUUCAUCGCAAACCUAGCCGUGGCCGAUCUACUCGUCAACACGUUGUGUCUCCCGUUCACGCUGGCUUACACUCUCCUCAGGGAAUGGAAGUUUGGACAAGUGCUUUGUUUCACUCUGCCGUACGCUCAAGGUCUCGCCGUCCACGUCUCUACAAUUACAUUAAAUGUAAUUGCGCUGGACCGGCAUAGAUGCAUCGUUUACCACCUAGACACUCGAAUGUCAAAGGACACCUGCUUUCUGGUCAUUGCCAUCACCUGGAUAGUAAGCGCCAUCCUGGCGAGCCCACUGGCCAUAUUCAGAGAGUAUGGGAUUGUAGAUCUUUCUCCAGAUGACUCCAUUGAGGUUUGUGGAGAGAAAUGGCCUGACAGUAGUACAGACAGCACUCUAUACUCAAUCUCCACACUGCUGCUGCAAUAUGUAUUGCCUCUGGCAAUCAUCUCUUUUGCCUACAUCCGUAUCUGGAGUAAACUCCGCAAUCAUGUCAGCCCAGUUGGUCGUAACGACAGGCAUCAUCGCCGACGCAAGACCACCAAGAUGCUGGUAACCAUGGUCGUGGUGUUUGCAGUCAGCUGGUUGCCUUUUCACGCCUUCCAGCUCGCCAUUGACAUUGACCACAGCGUGCUGGACAUGAAGGACUUCCGGCUUCUUUACACUGUUUUCCACAUUGUGGCCAUGUGCUCGACGUUCGCCAACCCUCUGGUGUAUGGUUGGAUGAACCGUAACUACCGCAGCGCCUUUGUUGCAGUCUUUCGUUGCAAGGAACGGCUUGAUUUAUUGCACGCCGAGGGCCAGGCUGCCCCAGCGGUUCGCAGCAAACCAAAAAAGGCUCUGGAAGCCCAAGAUAUGGUGACGACACAUCUCAAUGCAACAGAUGUCUGAGGUGACAAAGGUGAGGAUACAGAAAGGAUUUCUGAUGUGAACUUAGCACUGUCGAGGAUUCAUCUUGGUGGAUUCAUCACAACUCCUUAGUGAUUUAUGUGGUCUCCAAAUUUAAGACACUUCAUACCAUCACUAAUUUUUUGUUGGCACACCUUGCCAUGGUUGAUCUGCUUGUCAUCAUGGUGUUUCCCAUCUAUGCUGGGUUACACCACACUGUGGGAAUGGAGUUUGAAAGUGCUUUAUUUCACUCUACUGUAUACUCAAGGUCUUGCUGUCCAUGUCCUAUGUUAAAUGAAAUUGUGCUGGUGGCAUCUUCGCAACAGUGUGACCUAGCUAAAUUCUACAUUGUGAACUAAGUUCAAUAAAAGAGCACAGAUUCUCAUCAUCUUCAUCAGUGCAUCUUCCCUAAGAUCUAUGAGGUGACUGAAUGGGAGGUAUAUAAUCUCCCAUAUAUAUACUUGAAAAAAGAACAUUUUAAACAAUAUACCUGGAUCUUGCUAUAUGCGGAUGCUUCUCCAUUCGUAGGAAAGAUGACUGUAUGCAGUUUUGUUCAUCAUGGAAGAAAGUUCCUCAUCAUGAUGACUUUUGGGUGUUAUCAUACAAUGAAUUUGUGCACCUUGGAUCUUCAACCUCACAAUGGCUCUGUAAUCUGUAAGCAGCCAUCAUCUCGUGUGGACUUACAGGCAGGUCGAGCACUCAAAUGGUUCUGGAAAUUGUUAACAGCAAAUUGCAUCUCCUUUCAUCUGAAAGUAAUUUGCACCGAGGAAUAGUGUGCCGGCACUCCUUUAGACUAACAACAGCACAAAGACAGGGAGAUGUUUCUAUCCCUGCGGUAUGAAUGUUUCAACACAUAGAUCUGUAUUAUCCUCUCCAUUAAAACCUUGAAGGACAUUCUGUCAGUUCAGUACUUUUCAUAUUAAAAUAUUAUGAAUGUGUUUGAUCUAAAAUACAGCACAGUUAUCAUUGACAGUACCUGAUGGAUCAAAGUGUAUUGUUCACUUGCUAGUUCACUUUUUAAAAACUUCACCUUAGUAAUGUGCAAAUAUGACAACAGAAAAAAAAGGAAAAAACAACAUUUGUAACGGAAAUAUGCUUUCUACUGUAUGCUGUUCUCUUCUGUAAAGCUGUCACCUUUGCAAUCACCAUGCCAGAUGAAUGUAAUUACAUGGCAAAUCUAUUUAUAUAUAUAAAUAUCUGACACACAAUAUGUAUAUUAUAGGAAUUAAUCUACCAACAUGAAAAUAUAUUUCCCUAUGUUCUCCAAUUUCCUGAAAGAAAAUCGAUCGCAAAGCUGAAAAAGUGAUGACUCAUACAAAUUAUGGGAUUUCUGAUGUAUUUCUAUUGACAUGGAAGGGACAUGCCUGCCCACUGACGUACCAAAUUACUCCUUUUAGCCUACACUGUCUGCAGGAAAUGAGAAUGCCUCAUUUAAUUAGCACUAUGGGCUUCUGUGUGGAUCCCACUUCAAUUUGGGCUGUGAAUUGAGAAUUAUUAAUAAGAUAUACCAGCAUUAAAUGUUGAUAGUGUCAUUUGUGUUCAAGGAAUAUUCUGGGUUUAAUAGUAGUUAAAAGCUCUCUUGCCAUAGAAAAUAAUUUUGACAUGUUCUUCAGCAUGUAAAAACAAUUUACAAUGGAGGUCUAAGAGGCAUUACAUAGGAUAAACAUUUAAAAACUGGGUAACACUUUACAAUGAGGUUCAUUAGUUAACAUUAGUUAACUACAUUAGUUAACAUGAACUAAUAAUGAACUGCACUUCUACAGCAUUUAUUAAUCUUUGUUAAUGUUAAUUUCAACAUUUACUAAUUCAUUAUUAAGAUCUUUUGAGCAUUGUGAACUAACAAACAAUGAACAACUGUAUUUUCAUUAACUAACGUUAACGAAGAUUAGUAAAUACAGUAACAAAUGUAUUGCUCAUUGUUAGUUCAUGUUAGUUAAUACAUUAACUAAUGUUUAACUAAUGAACCUUAUUGUAAAGUGUUACCAAAAACUGUAGAUUUGAAAGCUGACCAUGUCUAACAUUCACAAGAUACAUACAAAAGUACCAGAAAAGGACUGUUUACAUGAGUCCACUCAUAGGAAUUACAUCUGUAAUGCAUAAGCAGACAUUCAUCUGAUGAGAAAAAAUAGCUCCACUGCUAGGACUUUUAAAGUUGACAUGAAUGGCUUCAAAAUAGCUUCUUAAAUGGCUUCAGAGAAAUAUGCAUGUGCAUUACCGUUGUUCCAACCAAGUUUGAUGCAGCAAGUUUAUAGCAUCAAGCUAUUUGCCCACCACACAGAAUGAAAAUCAUGAUAAAAUCAUAGCCAAUCAGAAUAUAUGAGUGAGAUUUUGGACCAAUAGUCCUUUCAAUGAAUCACUUCGCGUCUGUCUGGGACAUUGUAAACAUAUAGGCCUACAAUUUAUUUCAAACUUAUAGUCUGUGGCAAUUAUCAGCAUGCCGCUACUGAAACAUUUCUUCACAAGAGAAAGAUUACUGUGAGUCAGAACGCCAAAUAGUCAAGUGGUGCCUAAUUAUUUAGUUGACUUUUUCUUUUAUGUUCCAAAUGCAGCACAAACACACAAAGUCAACAAAAUCAGCAGUCCAGUUUUUCUUCAGGGAUCUUAUUUCACACAUCAAAAUGUGUUUGUGUGAGGGUGUUACAAAAACAGCCGCUAGUGUUGAUCAGCCAGCUUUAUUUAUAUGAGAUUUUAAUCAUUAUAUUUACAUGAGCUUUUUAGCUGGCAUAGUUUGAGAAAAGGCUAACAACAGAUUUUUGCUCUGCAAACCAUUUUCAAUGUAACAUACAGUACUUAUAAAUGUAUAUUUGUGGAUCUGUUUUUGUGAAAUGUCAUACUUGCAAGUGUUUGUAUUAACAGAUGUGUUUACAUUUAAAAACAAAAAGAGACUUAUAUAUACAUUAUGUACCAAAACUUUGGUUGAAGCUGACCAAAUUGUGCUGUGAUACAUUCAAAUUAUUUUUGAAUGUUGUGUAAUUCGCAAUUUAUUUGUGGUAGUGGUUGAAAAUUGAGAUAAUGGCUCAAAUGUUCUUUGUAAAUAAACUUAUUUGAAUUGAAUCUCA